AACAACCCCCAUCGUUUAUUAAAAUAAUAGAUAAAAUUAAAAAUAUUGAUAAUUCCAUUAACCAAGCAGAUAUCGAUAUAUUACAAAUAAAUUUAGACAGUCGUCAUGAGCAGCAAGCCAUUUGCCAUCAUCGCGGGUGUUGGUGCUGGAACAGGAGCGGCUGUUGCAAAGAAAUUUGCAAAAGAAUACCCUGUGGCGCUAUUGGCACGCUCAGAGCAAUUCGCAGACAGUCUUGCAGCUGAGAUCAAUGCCGAGGGAGGCAGUGCUGUUAGCUACAAAGCAGACGUGUCUGAUGAGACCAGCAUUGAAGCUGCGAUGAACCAGAUCCGCAUCGCAUUUGGAACAAAAUGUGCGGCGGCUGUGUUCAAUGCCAGCUCUCGCCCAUUCCCCAAACCAUUUUCAUGGCAGUCGCCGUACGACUUGCGCCACGGCUUGGACAUUAGCUUGAUAGGUGCUUUCUUAUUCGCCAAGGCUACUCUUCCACUGUUGCUCAACAUGGCAGACGACGAUGAGAUCGUCCCUACGCUCAUCUUCACUGGCGCCACGGCCUCAGUCAAAGCCAAUGCUUGGCUACAACCGUUCAACAUCCCAAAGCAUGCCCUCCGAGGGCUUGCACAAACGCUCUAUGACGAAUUUAAGCCAAAGGGAGUCCACGUUGCACAUGUAAUUAUUGAUGGAGUUAUUCGCAUGCCUCUAACUUGGUGGCUGAAGCCGUUUUCAUCCUGGCAUGCCAAGUUGGAUCCCAACGCAAUUGCACAAAGUUAUUGGCUUCUUCACAAACAGCAUAUUCCACACCUGUCACAGGAGAUUUGCAUCCGGCCAUUUAGUGAAAAGUGGUGAGCAAGCCUCGAUAAUACUAUAGGCGGAGGGACUCAGGGAUAUUAUCUGAGAUAAUACAUAUUAUUUCUCUUUUCGUUAUUGGUUAAGCUUUCAUUAUGUUUAGAGGAGCGAAUAAAUUAUUUUCUAUAAUAUAAAUAGCUUACCCUCUACAAUAGUAAUAAAAACUCACCCACUUAAUUGGUAGGUCCACUCCACUAGUUCCUAAUCUAGACAUCAUCACAAUACUAACCAAAAAGAAAUCUUCAAAAUCCACAAAAAAAAACAUACAACAGCCGGUGUUCGCUGGUCGUCACCGACCCAACUACUAAUCUGCCGAUUACAGGCUUAUCUAUGGGAGAGCGGACGGGAUCCCGAGUUCUCCUGUAUCUAUGGUCGUAUGUA